UUGUAGGUUAUAUUUUAGUCGUCAGUUGUCAAAAUUUAUGUUCGUAUUUUGUAGAGUUUCUGCAUUACAUAGUGGAAAUAAAAAGCUAAAUCUACAGAAAAGUGCUAACACGUUAUCGAUUAAUAUUUGGGUCGAGUGAAAAGCGUUCCAUAGUAUAAUGAUCGCGUGGCUCCGAGUAUAAUAAUCUGACAUUGAGAUGCUAAUACAACGAUACGCACUUCUGGUUACGUGAAAAACCAAAUUGUGUUUAUCCUCAAAGAAGUUGAAUAUACUUUCUACGCGAGUGUUCGUUCUCAAAAAUAUUCCAAGAUGACUAUGAGUCAGUCGGCCGUUUUGAAACUUUACAAUACUGUCAUGGACGAUGUAAUCACUGGUGUUCGGGACUGCUUCCUAGACGACGGGGUCGACGAACAAGUCCUACAGGAGCUCAAACAGUUGUGGCGAACGAAAUUACAAGCCAGCGGGGCCAUGGACCCUCCGGAACCGGAGGGGCCGACCGGGCCGCCGCCUCCCGUGCUACAGAAUUUCCAAAAAGCCAACGGCGGUAACCUACUUCAGAAACGACCAGAUUUAGUCCAAGGCUCGAGCCAGGGCUCCAGCCUACACGGUGUGCCUUCGGGUAUGUCUUCAGGUGGCCACCCUCAUCAUGUCCUCGAUCCUAACAACAAAGUGCCAGUGCAACUAACCCUACCCGCUCAACCUGGGGUGCCGGGCUCCCAGCCUAGAUCUUUCACAAUACAGAUACCGGCCUCCGCUCUUAAUGGAAACAAAUUACAUCAAGUAUUGACUGGACCGAUUAUAAAUGCCACCAUAAACUUGCCCCAACCUCUAGCGGCGACAUUAUUACAGCAACAUAUUAAUUCGGCACUGGCGGGCCAACAGAAUGAAUUUGACGGUGGCGGUGGUAGAAGCGGAGCUGCACCUUUUUUGCCCCAGGAUCAUGCAAUAUUUUCCUUGGACGGUGCAUUGGAUUCUUCCGAUGAUGACGGGUCAAAUGCUGGGGAUGGCUCUGAUGAUGCAGGCGGUGAUGACGAUGACGAUGAGGAGUCUGCCGAGGAGCGAGCCGAGGAGGAAGAAGAGGAGAGAGAUGAGCUCGGGGGAGCUGAGGAGGAGCCCCUCAACUCUGGAGACGAUGUAUCCGACGAGGAACCCGGAGACAUGUUUGACACAGAUAAUGUGGUUGUGUGUCAAUAUGACAAGAUUACUCGCAGUCGUAAUCGGUGGAAAUUCUAUCUCAAAGAUGGUAUUAUGAAUUUGUCGGGCAAAGAUUAUGUUUUUCAAAAAGCCAAUGGUGAUGCAGAGUGGUAAGAGUUACUGAAACUUCUGUAAAUUUUUGUAAUUUAUGUAGGUUUUUCUUUUGGUUUAAAUUGGUACCUUGACCUGGAGAAGGCAGUAUUUAAAUAUGGUAUUGGCUGCGCAAUAUAACUUAAAAUACAUCAAUGUACUUCAAAUGUAAAUUUCAUUUUCAAUGGUAUGGUUAAGUUGAAAUAAAAGGAAGGGAAUCAGCUCAAUUUGUAAUUGUGUAAGUUACUUUGACAGUGAUGAUGUGCUGACCUUUAAGCAACAUGUAAUUAAAGAUGUGAAUGUUUGAUGUUGUGUACUUAGCUUCGCUUUAUAUUUAACUCAUUUUGAAUCAUAUCAAUGUUCAGAUUCACUUGUAUUAUUCUAUAGCUUUGUCCUAUAAUUAUAUUAUU